AUGCUGGCCAGAAAAGCGAAACUAGACAAGUUCAAAAAACUACGUGAAGCUCGGCGGACGGGCCGUAUCGACGCGUCGGACGACGAAGACGCGUCAAUCUAUGACGAGGUGGACGAAGACACCUUCAGACAACACAAGCGCGAUCAGCUUAUGAAUGAUGAUUUCAUUGUGGACGAUAACGGAGAAGGUUAUGUGGACAACGGAGUGGACGAAUGGGACGACGCCACGCGACCAAACUACUACUCGGACGAAGAAGCCGAGGCCGGGCCGCUGCGGAAGCGCUCGAAAACCCACAAAGUCGCCAAAGUGACGCGGACGGCAGAAAUCGACAACUUUUUCGCUCCAGCACAAACAGUUCUGGCGCCUGCGGCACCCAAGGCUCCACAGGCUUCUGUGGAUGACAUUCUUGACGACUUUGUGGCGCCCAAGAGCCGCGUUUCAAAAAACAGAGCAUUUACAUCUUUCGGACGCAACCAGGUGAAAACAGAGCGUUCCGCCGGCCCUUUUGGGCGGCUGCGCACUUCAGCACCUCGAAAAGAGACCAAAUUCGCCUCUUCUUCUCCAUCUAACACCUUGGAUAUGCAAGACUUCGAUGACUUCAAUACCGCUGAAGAUAAUGGUACCAACCCUCAAGACGAAACUACCGACACACCCAGCACCGCUGCCACUGCUUCUCUGACGCAGAAUGAAUCUGCCAAACAAGCUAGCCUUGCCUCGUCGCCUGAGCCACAAGCAGCGGAAAGUGACAGUGAUGAAGAAGUCGUGGUGCGUCGUCGAGCUGCCGCUCCUGCCAGAGCACACACGGCGUCUGUUACUGCUGUCAAGACCGAGGCAGUUGUCUCUCCGUCUCGAAAUUCCUUAGCUUUCACUUCCUCGGUACCAUCGUCUCAGCCAAAAGUGGAACUAGACGCGGUUUCCUCUGACGACAAAUUGCGCAUGUUCUGGCUCGAUUACGCUGAGGCAGACGGCUCCUUGCUUCUCUUUGGCAAAGUUUUAACCCCCGAAGGCUCCCUUGUAUCUGCAAUGGUGCAAGUUCAUGACAUGUGCCGAGAAUUGUAUGUCUUGCCUCGUGACAACGUUUCACCAAUGGAUGUUCAUGCAGAGCUCGUGCCAAUACUUAUGGAGCAGUUUGGUCUUGAACGUCUUCGUGCCAAACCGGAGACCCGCAAGUAUGCAUUUGAACUUCCUGAUGUUCCCAAGGAGGCCGAGUACUUGAAGGUGCUCUUGCCAUUCAAAACAAAAAAGAACCAGCACGUGGUGAUGCCUUCCGAGCUUGAAGGUGAGACAUUCCGCCGCAUUUUCGGCACAAACACCAAUGUUUUUGAGUCCUUUGUAACGCAGCGGAAUAUAAUGGGUCCAUGCUGGUUGGAUAUCCGCACUUCAGGCUGUUCACCACUUCAGAAUGCUUCCCACUGUCAAUUUGAAGCUGCAAUUUCUUCUCCUGAAUGUAUUUCUCCUGUGACAAAUGGUUCCCCGGCCCCCAAUUUAACCACGACUUCUAUCUCUGUUCAAACAGUGAUGAACGUGAAGGCUAAUCGCCAAGAAGUCGUUUGCGUAUCACUUGCUACAUACCGUGAUCUUCCGCAAGACCUGCCAAUUGCAGAAAAUACUCAGCCGAAUGAAUUGGUCACGUUGGUCCGUCCUGUCGGCUUGAACUACCCACCUGGUCUUCAAAAGGCUGCUGACGCUCAAAACUUGAACGUCCGGUUACUUCCUAAUGAAAAAUCGCUUUUGAGUUGUUUGACAGCUCUUAUCAAGAACGCGGAUCCAGAUAUCCUUGUGGGCCAUCGUUUGGAGAACAUUUCUUUGGACGUCCUUGUUCAUCGUAUGCAUGAUUUGAAAGUGCCCACAUGGUCAACCAUGGGCCGUCGCCACAGAAAAAGUUGGCCGGACAAGUUUGGGAAAAGCUCUGCUUUUAGCAACAACUUGCUUAUUCGUGAAAUUUUUCAAGGUCGUCUUUUGUGUGAUAUCGCUAACGAGUUGGGUCAAUCUUUGACUCCAAAAUGUCAAUCUUGGGACUUGCUGGAGAUGUACAAUGUAGUGUGUCACCAAAAUCAUCCAGCUCUUGAAAUAAACUUCCAGAAUCCACGUUAUAUGGAAGAUGCUUCCUUCUGGUUGAUGCCACUCAAGGAAAAUGUAAGCCAAGUGCUUAUUUCUGCGCAAAUAUCUUUUGCGCUCCAGAUCCUCUCACUUUCGAAGCAGCUCACAAACUUAGCUGGAAAUGCAUGGUCUCAUACGUUGAGCGGAACACGGGCAGGUCGAAAUGAGUUUAUUUUGUUGCAUGAGUUCAGAAGAAACAAUUACAUUGUUCCCGAUAAAGAGGGUAAAUUCCACAAGAAUACCAGCCACCAACAAGAUGCUCGUAUUGAAGCAACCGAAGAUGAUGCUACAACUGUGACUUCGAACAAGAAGCCAAAGUACCAGGGUGGUUUGGUUUUCGAGCCAGAAAAAGGUUUGCACAAAAAUUAUAUCUUAGUGAUGGACUUUAAUUCCUUGUACCCUAGUAUUAUUCAAGAGUUCAACAUUUGUUUCACUACAGUGGAAAGAGAUGCUUAUAAUACUACCCACGAUGAAGAAAGAGAUCUCCCAGAAAUUCCGGAGCGCGAUUCAGAUCAAGGUGUCUUGCCGCGUUUGUUGAACACUUUGGUGUCGAGAAGACGUGAAGUGAAGAAAUUGCUCAAGGACCCUAAAAUCUCUGCUGCCGAACGUGCCCAAUACGAUAUUAAACAACAAGCAUUGAAGUUGACGGCAAACUCCAUGUACGGUUGUUUGGGUUACGUCAACUCGCGUUUCUAUGCGAAACCAUUGGCCAUGUUGGUUACCAACAAGGGUAGAGAGAUUUUGAUGGACACAAGACAAUUGGCAGAGCUGAUCGGUUUGCGUGUUGUCUACGGUGAUACUGAUUCCGUUAUGAUAGACACCGGUGCCACAAGCAUGGCAGAAGCUUUGAAAAUAGGAGAAGAAUUCAAGGUUCAAGUUAAUGAGCGGUACAAGUUGUUGGAAAUUGAUACUGAUAACGUUUUCAAGCGGUUGCUUUUGCAUGCAAAGAAAAAGUACGCCGCUAUGAAUGUCACCUUAGACAGAAAAACUGGGAAGGAAAUCACAUCUUUGGAAGUUAAAGGUCUCGAUAUGCGUCGUCGUGAAUACUGUUCUUUAUCAAAAGAGAUUUCCACUUUUGUAUUGGAAAAAUUACUCUCCGAUAUCGAUCCAGAAGAAGCUCUUUCCCAAGUGUACGGCUAUUUGGAGACAACAAGUGCUAAGAUAAGAGCCAACGAGUUUCCUGUCGAUAAGUACCUGAUCAAUACCCGUUUGUCUAAAGACCCAACAAGUUAUCCUAACGGGAAGACAAUGCCGCCCGUUCAGGUCGCUCUCCGUCUUCGAAAACAGGGAAAGGUUGUGAAAGCUGGAAGUGUGAUCACAUUCAUCAUCACGGCUCCUAAGGAAGGUGAAGAAAGUGCCAGUCCAGCUGAAAGAGCACGCGCUAUCCAGGAGGUUUUAGGUGACAGAACAAACUUCAAGCCUGAUAGCGAAUACUACUUGGAGAAACAAAUCUACGCACCGGUAGAACGUCUUGUCAACAAGAUUGAAGGUGUGGACAUGCUCCGGAUUGCAUCUUCUUUGGGCAUUGAUACUAAGAAGUACGCAAUGAGACUCAGAAACACAGAGGGUGCAGAGCACGAGAUUCUCCCGUUGGAGUCCAAUAUAUCUGAUGUGGAAAGAUUCCGUCAAGCCAGUUACUUCGUCUUGACAUGUAAAUGUGGUGCAAAAUUCAGAUUUGGUGGAAUCAUGGCAUCAAAAGAUUAUAAAGUGACCUUCAAUGGAGUUUGCUGCGCUAAAUGCGACUACGUCUUCCCGGUAUUGAGAUUAACUUCACAACUAGAAGCGGCCAUCAGAAAACACUUAUCGCUUUAUUAUGCUGGUUGGCUUGUUUGUGAUGAUUCAGCCUGUGGCAUCAAAACAAGACAGAUUUCCGUUUACGGAAAACGAUGCAUCGGAGCUAGUGGAAAAGCACAUGGUUGCAAAGGAGUCAUGAGUUACAAGUAUUCAGACAAGGCACUCUACAACCAGUUGCUCUACUUUGAUGCCAUUUUUGACGUUUCUAAAGCUCAAAAGAACCAAUUGCGGCCGAUUGUCUACGACGUUCCGGUGAACCCAAUGAGUGAGGGCCAACUUAAUGCGUUGGCCGAGCAAAACAAGGUCAACUUUGGGUACUGCCGCGAGGUGGUGGAUCAAUACUUGAAAGUAUGUGGUCGUAGGUAUGUGAAUAUGGGAAACAUCUUCGACUUCAUGGUAUAG